CCCCUUCGCGCAACCCCUUCGCGCAACCCCUUCGCGAUCGCCCGACAACACAAACUAAUCCCAGCAUAGCGUGAGUCCAAUGUAGCAGAACACCUUCGUCGAAUCGCGACAUGCCUCCUCAAUCGCUCGAGACCAACGAGACGACGACAUACCCGCUUCUCAACCUUCCCGGCGAGCUGAUCCAGGAUAUCUUUCGACUAGCUGCGUAUAAGAAGAGCAAAACUGGAAGGAGUCUUUCCAUUCCGCCGCAUGUCUCGAAAGCAUGGUUUCAGUACUGGAGACGGGCGGCCUGCACCAACCUCAUUCUCGAGGACGUUCAGCUGCACCAAUUUCUGCUGUGGAUCAACCGACCGGAGAAUAGCGAUCUGCCAAAGUGCAUACGAACUUGCGAUAUGAUGUUUCGGCAGUGGGACUGGUACGAGAAGCGCUACAAGGCUAUCAAGGGCAUCCGAAACAAAUACACCGAAGAUCAUCCUGGAAACCAACAUAUAGUGGAAAGCUUCGUAAACGACUGCUUCUACAACUUCGCGAUCGUUCUGAAGAAUAUGACGAGUCUUCGCGCUCUAAUCGUCUUCACGAAUGGCGCCAUCAAUACGACAUUCAGCCUGGGCGCCGUGGCGGCUAUCGUCACUAGUAUCCCGCCUUCCGUUACCGACCUUGGUCUCUUCUUACGCGAAGCCGAUCUCACGCGUGACAGGCAAGGGGCCCCACUAUCAGUACCCGUCCACCUCUGCCCGGUCCUAGCUCGGAACUUGGUCAACGUCAAACGGAUGGCCAUCUCACUGCGAUACUUGUGCCCGGCCUUCUUCAUGGAACCGGCUUACCCAAACUUGAGGAGGCUCAACAUUGUCGGGGAUGAAACUUCCUGGCGCGAUUGCGAGGAGUGUUUCGAUCCGGAGUGGGAUCCUUAUAAAUUCUCCGAUGAGGAUACAGCUAGCAGAGACAUUUUCAUAACCGCAGGAAAGCGUCUGAAACACCUGAAGGAAUUCACGGUUACCCCCUGCCACAUCGCAUGGAGGACCGGGGAACCAAAACCUCGUAUCAAUUUGAUGACGGGCAAAGAGGUAGUCUAUAACGCCGUUACGGACGAAUGGGAACCCGCCGCCGUAGUUGAUUCUGCCGCCUCAUGAUCGCUCCUUUUGAGGUCUUCUCGAGUCAUAGCGGUCUUUCAAGGAUACAUCUUGAAACCCUUUUACCCUUUCCUGUAUAUUUUGUAUCCGAGUCGUCGUCGUCCCCCUGUAUGCUUGCCCUUCCCUCGGUGAUGGCUCCACGAUCACCAUUUGGAGUAAACCCCCUUUUCCAUGAAUGAAUCCUUCUUUGAAUUUUCAAAUCUGAGGUCUGAAGCAGAUUGACCACACUGUCAAUGUGGCUGUGCAGCAGUCUCCUCCGAGAUUCAUGUCAAACCGCACUGCA